AUGACGCAUCACACUGUGGCAGGAGAGGACAUCGGACAGAGCAUCGACGCCUCACACCAAACAGACGAGAACUCACAGACAGAGUGCAUGAUGGGACUGAAGACGCUGCUGCUCGUCUCUCUGCUCGGCGUUCUGGCACUGGAGGUGUUGGCGGGCCUUAAAGGUGGCCCCAUAGUUGGAGGUGUGACCAACAUCAACAAGGACGACCAGAAGGCCCUCCUCGUCGCCACCAACUACUACAACACCCAAUCAAAAGACCCCUUCCUCUACAAAAUCUCCUCCGUCAGCAAGGCAUGGAGUCAGGUUGUUGAAGGGACUUUGUACAUCGUGGAUUUGGUGAUUUCCAGGACCGUCUGCCGUAAACCCCCCAGCGUCCAAAAUCUGUCCAAAUGCAACUUUCAGGCUCCUCGCAAGACGCUUCAGUGUCAUGUUGAGGUUUUGGUGGUUCCCUGGCAGAAAAAGACCAGGACUCUGGAGUUCAGCUGUAAAGCCUCAUCCCUGAUCCCUCCACCUGUCUGCUCCUCAAAUUUAUUGUAA